CUUUUGCUCGGCCCAUGGACUCCUCCAGCAACAGCUUCACCAACCCCCUCAAGAUCGCUGUUCGAGACCCAGAACAGAGCCUGUCCAGCGACGCCUAUGUCCGGAACAGCAGGCCUCUAGCAGCUCUUCGUUGCAAAGGCGAUGGUGCUGCCAACGAUGCUCCCAAUGCCAGCAGCAAAGAUGCCAACGACAGCGAAGACAUCGAUAUUUCUGAUUCUGCUCCCAAAAUCUCCAUUUCCAACAGCUCCUCCAAACUCCAUUCCAAGUUCAGCUCAUACACUGGUUUCAAUCCCAACUACGAUUUGCUAGACUCGUUCAAUUCAAACAGUAACUACAACAAUAGCUCUUCCUCAGAAUCAAGUGACCAAGAGGAAAACUUUGAUAACUUGGUCCGAAGAAGAAGGAUAAGUUCUGAUCUAUCGAACUCAAAUAUAAAUCCAGACUCAAGAAGAGGCUCUUUAGCCCUUUUAAAUAAUAAUCAUACUGCCAAUACUCCUACUCCUACUCCUACUCCUGCUACUGCUACUGCUACUGCUACUGCUAUUACUACUGUUAAUAAACAGGCUAUUCCAAACAAAUACAACAUGAAUAUAUUAAAUCAAAAUAAAAGAAAAUUUUAUGCUUUAGAAAAUUAUAAUAGCUCAAAUAUAAACAUCAACAACCCUUUCUCUCUAAAUAACUCAAAUAAUUCAAAUAAUAAUGAUUCAUUUGAAGAUGCAUUGAUGUCUCUGAGCGAUAACGACUCCUCUUCAAACCAACAACAGCGCCCUAAUAUCGUUUUCAGAAACUUUGUAUCAAAAUCAAACUUAAAACCCCAAUUGAAAUCCUUUAGAAGAAUAACAAGAGAAUUGCAAUCCGAAUCUCAUCCACUAGAUAACGAAAUCAAACAUGAAGCCGCCGUAACUUUCACUCUAAGAGAUGAAGAUUACAUCUUGAAAAAUUACAACAAUCUAAAAAACAACAUCUCCCAGCAAAAGAAACAAAAAAACAUCUUCUCAAAUAUAACCUCUUCAACUAGUAUAUCAAAAUUAAGCCACGAUAAAAAUUAUUUAAUGAAUUACAACGAAGAAAGUUUAAGAAAAAAUCAGCUAAUAACAAAAGUAAAUGAAGCUUGGAACACUAAAAAUAAAAAAUUAAUGCUAUCUCUAAAUAAUCAACUAGCAAAUAAUUACAUAAAUCCAACCACUCCAACCACUCCAACCACCCCAAGUUCUUCUUCCUCAAUUGAGCACUCAAAAUUAUCAAAUUCUUUUGAUAACCCUGUCACUCCCAAACAUAACACAAUUUCUAAAUUUUUUAUAAAUGAUACUAAUCAUAAUCAAUCUUCAAAAAAAUUAAAUCCAGAAAAUCUAUCAAUUGAUACUUCUUCUCCAACCUUAGCAAAAAUUGAAACUCCGAGAAAUCAAAUCUUGAAAAGAAAAUUAAAUGACGACUAUUAUUCAAACAAUAAAGGAAUCUCAUAUAAUAAAAGAAGAGCCGUCUCAACAAGCCCCAUAUUAACUACUGGUAGCAGUCCCUCAUCUUUAAUUUCCAAAAGAGGCUUUAAAUUAGUUCAGUCCACAAGUGAUGACCUAGAGAAAAUGUCUCUAAAGGAUUAAUUUAAACAAUUAUAAAUUUGGUUUCAAAUAUUUUUAUUUUUUUUUAUUUUUUUUUUUUU